UCCUCCUCAUGUGUCACCAGUGGAGGCUUGCAGCAUGGCAGAGCACAAGGGCAAGGCAAGAGACGACCUGACCGGGUAUCAGGCCCGACCCGCUUCCACAGAACAGGGGGUUCGACAAAAGUACGGUGGCUUGUUCUGCAGCGUGCGUGAUGCCUUCGACAGUAAGACAAUAGACUUCGAUGCCCUCAGCGUGGGCCAGAAGAGGGGCCUCCGGGCAUCCAACAGCCCAUAUCCAACAAGUCCGGAUGAUGUCGGCUCUGGUUCUGAGGGGAUGAGAUCCAGCAAAGAGACUGGAUCCCUUCAGAGCUGGCAGGAUGAGAAGAGCGACCGACUCCUGAUCAAAGGCGGCCGGAUUGUCAAUGACGACCAGUCCUUCCAUGCAGACAUCUACAUGGAGGAUGGCCUCAUCAAGCAGAUCGGCGACAACCUGAUCGUGCCCGGUGGAGUGAAGACCAUCGAAGCCAACGGCAAAAUGGUGAUCCCCGGUGGCAUCGACAUUCACACCCACCUCCAGAUGCCGUACCGCGGGACCACCACCGUGGACGACUUUGCUCAGGGGUCCAAGGCAGCUCUCGCCGGGGGCACGACCAUGAUCGUGGACCAUGGGAUCCCAGAGGCGGGCAGCAGCCCUCCGGUGGGCACUUCCCUCAUGUACCUCUAUGAGGUGUUUACCUUCUUGGCGGAAAGGGGGGGCAUUGCUCAGGUCCAUGCGGAAAAUGGAGAGAUCAUUGCAGAGGAGCAGGCCCGUAUGCUGCAGAUGGGAAUCACUGGACCGGAGGGGCACGUGCUGAGUCGGCCAGAAGAGCUGGAGGCGGAGGCCGUUUUCCGAGCCAUCACCAUCGCCAGCCAAACCAACUGUCCCCUCUACGUGACCCGCGUCAUGAGCAAGAGUGCCGCCGACAUCAUCUCGCAGGCCCGCAAAAAAGGAAACGUCGUGUUUGGUGAGCCAAUCACGGCCAGCCUGGGCACGGACGGCACGCAUUACUGGAGCAAGAACUGGGCCAAGGCGGCUUCUUUUGUAACAUCGCCACCUCUCAGUCCUGACCCCACCACUCCAGACUACCUAAACACGCUUCUGUCCAGUGGAGACCUGAGUGUGAGCGGCAGCGCUCACUGUACGUUCAGCGUGGCUCAGAAGGCCAUCGGAAAGGACGACUUCACUCAGAUCCCCGAGGGGGUCAACGGGGUGGAGGAGAGGAUGACCCUCAUUUGGGACAAAGCUGUGACCACAGGCAAGAUGGACGAGAACAUGUUUGUGGCGGUUACCAGCACCAACGCGGCCAAGAUCCUCAACCUAUACCCACGCAAGGGUCGGAUCGCCGUGGGCUCCGAUGCCGACCUGGUCAUCUGGGACACCGACGCCAUCCGAACCAUCACGGCCAAGAAACACAAUUCGGCCGCCGAAUACAACAUCUUCGAGGGCAUGGAGCUGCGUGGCGCUCCUCAGGUGGUCAUCUGUCAGGGGAAGAUCAUCCUGGAGGACGGAAACUUGCACGUGACCUCUGGCAUCGGCCGCUUCAUCCCCUGCACGCCGUUCCCCGACUACGCCUACAAGCGUGUCAAAGCCAGGAAGCAGCUGGCCGUCCUGAGGGCAGUGCCCCGGGGAAUGUACGACGGCCCCGUGUCGGAAUUCUCCAUGUCGCGCGGCGGCACCCCGUCCGCCUCGGCGCGCACGUCGCCCACCAAGCAGCCCGUCAGGAACCUGCACCAGUCUGGAUUUAGUCUAGCAGGCCCCCCCACUCCUGAUGACGCCCCCAUCAGGCCUGCCGGUCGUCGUGUAAUGGUGCCCCCUGGUGGCCGUUCCAACAUCACCUCCCUCAGUUAAACCCCCCGUCCCCCCACCUCCCUCCCUCGCCCGUCCGUCCAAGGAGGACUUCAUGUGUGCCUCCAGAGCCAGAGUGUGUGUUCAUGUGUGUGAGCGUGGGUAGAGCUGACUCGAACGACCUUGAGUCAUUAAAAACUAAAAAAAAAACGCUGACUAUACUGUACAUGCCUUACCUGCCGCUAUGCUAGACUUUGGUUGCUCAAAUGGAAACGAAAUUGGGAAUUUGGGCAACGACAAAGCAUUUCAAUGGGUCGUUUUUCAUUUGAUUUGAUUUUAUUUUGAAAUGAUAAAACAACCAAAGCACAACCAGUCUCAGCCUUUCUUCUCAACAGUUAAAUAUGCUCGAGAUUCUGUACUGGUGCUCUUGGUAGUUGGUGAACUAAUUCAUCUGUUAAAAAUAAAAGUAAACUACCUGGUUUAAAAUGACAUACACGUUCAUCCUAAUUGGCUUUCCAUGUAUCCAUUGUAAAUACACUCGACGUCAUGUGGCUUUGUGAAUGAUGUUGUGUAGCUUGUUUUUUUUGGGGGGGGGGCAAAUGAUUAAUAAAGGUACUUGUUAAUCCGAGAGGAGAUUUCAAAGUGAAGGACAUGGAACUGCAUGGGCCGCAUAAAUUCUGGUGACGUGAUCCAUGAUUCUUUUCAAUUCAUCUCCAUGGCGAACCCCCCGUCCAUGUGAUGUACUAAAACGAUGAGAAUUUGUCAAACGUAGCAAAAGGAACACCAUGGUAUUGUUAAAAAAAAAAAAAAAAACAUUUCUUCGCACUUGUUAAUGUUUUACCGGAGGUCACCUUGAAAAUGACAUACGAAAACAAUUGUAAGAUGUGUAUAUGUGACCCCGUAUAGUACAAAAGAAGAAACCCUGUCAACUCUCUGGCUCUACUUUCCUUACCGACAUCAACUUCCCAAUGGAUCAUUCUCAUGCAACCACAUAAACAUUAGCCUCCUAAUAUUCCACCGAAGAUUGAAAGUCAAAAGCUGCAGAGGGAGGAAGGAAAGAAGAGGAAGAAGAUGCUGUUUUAUUUGACUGACUCUAGGCAGGAAUCUACAACAGAGUACAUUCGGGCCACUCUGCAAAGGAAACAAAAAGUAGAAAUGGAAAAACAAUAAAGUUGUAAUUCUAUGACCAUUUUUUAAAGUCAAUGUGCAUGAAAAUAGCUACACAAAGUUACACAAAUCAAGUUGCUCCAAGAAACAAGUUGUAUCUUUAAAACUCCAAAACGUCAAAACGUUACAUGAAUAAAAGAAACUUUUAGAAUGAAAAAAAAAAAACCCGGAAUAUGUAUUAUGAGAACAAACCUGUAUUUGUAUUCAAAUUUUUGCGUGAAAAAUUUGUAAUGUUACAAGAACGUUGACAUAUUGUUACAAGAAAAAAAAGUCUUCUGGGCAAGUCCUAAUUAAAACAAAUAUAUCAUUUUUCAUUUUAUGAGAACAAAUUUUCAUGAGAGGAAAAUCACACACCACAUUGUGUGUCUGCGGUGCAUUUAGUCACAUCCCAAAAGUUGUGUUCCACUCUAGUGUGUUUCAGAAAUUAAUCAAACACACUUUCGACUAAAAACAGGUCUUUGGAUAGGUUUGCAUUUUUUUUUCCCGUAACAAACAUUUUCUUUUCAGUGUGGCCCUAAAACAUCUUGAUAGAAAUCAAGUUGUGUGUUUUUGUAUUUAUAUUAGUUUGUUUUUAUCUUUUUCUUUUCUACUGUUGUAUCAACCCCCGAAAAUGGCAGAGUUGAAACAAACAAGACGUGUUGUGAUGGUCUGACUUGAUUCUGGAAUAAAAAUAAGAGUUACAAAUGA